UAGGGAGACUAUCUCUUUACCACCAACUGCUCCCACACAAAUUAAUUCUCAUGACUUGAUAACUUCAUCAGUACUAAAAAAAUCCUAAUUUAAUAGCAGAGGAAUCUCUUGAAAAUAAUCAAUCUUAUUCGAAAAAUAGAAUGAUGAAUCUAAAAACUGGGGAGACUAUCUCUUCACCACCAAUCCAACCGAUUGUUGAUGAAGAAAAUAGGAAUGAAAUCGAAUUGAACGAAAUGGGCAUUGCUGAGGCAACUGAAAAAAAUUUGAUCACGCUGUUGGAAUUAGUAAAGGAAAAUGAGUGCUUAUGGAAUUUUACAUUGCCCAUUGAAAAACGCAAUUCACACUUAAUUGGCAACGCGUGGUUUAAUAUAGCCAAAAAGUUCAGUGGAUGGACACCUAAAAUAGCCAAGGAUAAUUACAAUUAUUUGAAAAAUAUUUUUACACGCAGGAAUGUUAAACCUCGGAGUGGAGCAGCGGGUAAACAAAAGAAAUAUUGGAUUUUUGACGAACACUUUUCGUUCCUUAGAGGAGUAAUGAAUCCUAGUAGCACGACUUCCAACAUUUCUUCUUCGGAAAUCGCUGAAGAAUCUGUCCAUGCAAAUAUUCGAAAAUUAGGUUUCGAGAAGAAAGAAUCUAAUGAAUCUCCUAUAUCGAGUAAAAGAAGGAAACCAUUAGACCCUUUGGAGGAAGCCUUAAUUGAAAACAUUAAUAAUAAAAUGACACAGCAGCGUGAUUCACGGAAAAGUUUGAACGAAAUUCAGCAAUGGGGUCAAUGGAUGAGUCAAGAAAUACAGAAUUUUUCACCCACAGAUAGGCUUGAAGUUCAGGCCUUCAUCACUAAUUACAUUUUUGAGAAAAAAAAGAUUUCAGUAUUUAACAACGAAUUUUAAUAUUGAAUUUUUUACUUCGUUUUUACUUUAAUAGGUAUUUCAAAUAUCUUUAUCGUUUUAACGAUGUUUUCUAUUUCAUUAACCUAUUCCAAGGUUACUUUAAUUUCGUUAUAUAUUAAAUUUUGUUACUUAUUUUGAAUUGCAUUUUGGGAUACUUAUAUUGCAAAGACUGAGUUAUGGAAUUUGUUCUAGUCUUGAACUAUAUACUUAUAAGUAGCGUGAAGAGUUGUUCCAGAUUCUUAUUGCUUCAAAAGCGAUUGUUUUGUAGCUUAAAUGAAUCUGUAUUCUUAAUACUGUUAAUAUUUUUUUGUUUGAAAAAAAUUUGAAGUACAAACUAAGCGGUAAUGUAUUUUAUGAUUAUACGUGUAAAAAGAAAAAAAAUAUCUGACGACCAAUGCCUUACUAUUAACUAUU